GGUUUUUUAGUGUAUUGCUAGCCGCGGCGAUCAACAGUUUUGUUCGCACGGUGUUGUCUGUAUGUAGUCCGUCUCGCCAAAAUAUCCGUCAUUCCUAUAACAUUAUCUAACCGUCCGAACAAGUGCGUCUAUUAAAUGUGUGUACUUAUCAACACAAAAAAACGAUAUCGUUCUUUAAAUUAAAAAAAUUAUCUUGUGGCAUUUUUAUUUAUUUAUUUUUAUUUUAUACUUUUUGUACAUUCUUAUUUUUAUCUCUCAACUAAAUCGGAUUUUAAAUUUUAUUUGUGCAUUUAUUUUUUUUUUAUGUAUUUUUCUUACAUAAUCAACAUUAAAUUUUUCAUUUAAAAAUCAUAUAUAUUUUUACGAGUCUAGCAAGAUUAAUUGUUAAACUAUACAACAAAUUAAUAGAAAUUGUGAUAGUUUCAAAUAAAAAAUACUAUAUUAUGUCGACAUAUUUUACUUGCAUAUUGUAAAUUCGAUAAUCUGCACGUUCCACAGAGUAUAUAUUUUUAUAUACAUAGAAAAUCAGCAAACAAGUACAAAAAUUAACCAACGUCAUGACUGCGAUUUACGAUAACAUCAUUGCAUCGAGUAUACCAAUCUGGAACUAAUUAGAACACGUGAUAAGUAAAAUUCCUGGCUACAACUCUGUAUCUCUCUGAUCAAUGUUAGCUUUAUUUUUUGAUGCCGACAAGAAAACAUGAGUAUAACCAAUAACACUACUCUGAUCAUGAAAGCUAGAUGAUGUGACAUGGGAGGAGGUAAACUAAGUAGCGCACAUAACUGGCGGCCACCUAGGCCCCCAUGGCUAACUAUUUUAAUUACAUUUCUUAUCUGCGUACUGUCCAUUCAAUGUGUUCCAAAUCAAACAGUAGCUUGUGGUUCUGGAAUAAAUACAAUUGGAGGAACUUUUCCAAAAGGUGACAUUGUUUUAGAGUAUGAUAGUGGAAAUCCUUUAGAUAUAACUUGUGUUUUGGACCCUGAACACAAAACUAUUAAAAAACUGUUAAAAAACAAAAUAGAUGACUUAAACGAUCUUGGGCAGAAUCUCAUUUUUCAUAGGAACUCUGAACGAAUACCUAAAGAAUAUGUUACAGUUAUUAAUUCAACAGCAGCUCGUUUGAUUAUACCUAAACCUCCUGCUGGCAUUUUUACUUAUUAUUGUAAACUAUUAUUAGAUGAAAGACGACGAGAAAUACUAAGCAAUAACUACAAUGAUGAAAACGGUGCUCAAAUGUCAUCUGGAAAAUCAAUUGAAUCACCUUUACUGUCAACGGUACAGCCAACUAGUUUAGAAACCAGUGGUCCACCGCCACUGAUAGGCCAAGAUUUUGAGAUAGGUGUAUGUCUCAAUACUGUUUCCGUUGGUUAUAAACCACUUAAAAUCACUAAUUAUACUUGCAUAUCAUCUAAUUGGGAAAGUUUGACAUGUAAUUGGACAAAACCAGAUAAUCCUGUGAAAACUACGUAUAAGAUAUAUUUUAGAUUACCUGGGCGUGCAGGUGGCAGAAUUGUUAUCAAUUGUCCUACACAUUCUGAUAUGGAUUCAAACACUUGUUAUUGGGAUGAAAGAACUAAUCCUAUUUAUAGAAGGUUAUACGAGUACUACUAUUUUACCUUGAUAGGUGAAAAUGUGCUUGGUAAUAGUACUACUGCUUUUCGUUUUCAUCAUUAUGCUCAUGUUAUUCCGACGAGUCCAACAAAUGUUACUGUUGUGGAUAAAACACAAUCAAGUGCUAUGCUUCGAUGGUUUAUUGGCUCAAUGGCUACAUUUCCUCGUGACUUAGUUCAUAAAAUUGAAUAUAAGUCUCAGUGGGAUUCUAGUAAUGAUUCUUGGCAUUCCAUAAAUGUGAGUGAUUUGUGUAAUACAUCAACAAAUUCUAAUUCAAAUUGUCAUAAACGUGAUGCAGGAUAUUAUUAUUUCAAUGUUACUGACUUGAUGUAUCCAUUUGCUCUCUAUGAUUUUCGUAUAUACUUGAGGUCAUCUUUAGCUAGAGGUGAAGACAAAUGGUCUAUUCCUGGUUAUGUUACUAUGAAAACAAAACCUUCAAUUCCAAAACGACCUCCUCUAACUGACGUUGGAAGUUUUGAAAGUGUUCCGUCGCCAAUUCAUAAAUCCUCAAGAGAUAUUUUUAUCUAUUGGCAACACAUUGAUGAUAGUGAAAAAAAUGGUGAUUUAUUUGAAUACCGUGCUUUUUAUACAACUGAAAUGUCCAAUAACCAAACUUUUCAUCAAAGUAAUGUAACUCAUAAAAAUUAUGCUCUUUUUCAAGGAUUGAGUAACAAUAUUGGUUACAAUUUUGUUGUGUAUUCAGCCAAUAAAGAAGGUUUAUCAUCUGUAUAUUCAGCUAUUUAUGUUCCUAGUGAAGCAGAAAAAAUUGAAGAACCUUUAUCAUUUACAAAAAUGGCAUUUGAAAAUGGCACUUUUGAGCUAUCAUGGAAACACAAUCUUGGUCAAAAAUCAACAUCUGAUAAUCAAAUUACAGAUUAUACCAUAUUUUGGUGUGAAAAUGAUAAAGACCGACCUUACCAGUGUAACGGAUUUAUGAAUUGGAAGCAUGUACCUAGAACAGAAACCAUACAUAAUGUAACAGUGCAAGAUCAUUCUAAAAUUUACCAAUUUGCUAUAAGUGCUAAUCGCCAAAGUAAUCUUCAAAAUAGCUUAAACCAUUUACAACACUCUUAUCUAAGUAGUAGUAGUAGUAGUAGUAGUGGAAUGAUAUGGGCAUCUUGUACAGUGUUACAUAACAAUAUUGUUGGAAAAGUAAAAGUUGUAUGGGUUAAUAUGAUUGGUUCAUCAUUUAUGGAAUUAAGAUGGAAACUUGAUUGUUCUGACAGAGUAGGGGCAGUUCUAGGAUUCCACAUAUUUUACUGUCCUAUUAUUUCAAUAAGUAAUUCUGCUUGCAAAGAACCUAUGUUAAACAAAACAGUUCAUGGAGAAACAGCUCAAGGGGGACGAGGUAAUAUUACACAAUUAAAACCCUAUACUACUUACAUGGUAACUAUUGCAUUAAUCACUAAACAAGGAGAAGGUUUGCACAGUGAACCACAAUUCAAUACUACUUUAGAAGGAGCACCUGAUGUCUCUGAUAUGGAAAUAUACCCAAUACAUGUUACAAAUACAUCUAUAAGUUUACAGUGGACCCAACCAAAGUCCAUGAAUGGUAUUUUACGAAACUAUCAAGUUCAUUUUUAUCGAAAAAAUAAAGAAUAUCAUGAUCAACUGUUAAUUGAUCCUAUAGAAGAAUCACAACGAUAUGUUACUGUUUCUGAUGUCAAGUGUCGGCUUGAUAAUUUGGAUAGCUACACUCUUUAUAAAAUUGCUAUUACAGCUUGUACAACUAUUUGUUCUGAACGAUCCAAUUCUAUUUCAGUUCAGACAGCAGUUGGAGUUCCUGGGCGAAUUGAUCAACCUGCUCCAUACAGAGAAAAUCGUACUAGUGUAGUUGUAUCUUGGUCAAGACCAGAAAAACCUGCUGGGCCAGUUGAUUACUAUCAAUUAAAUGUAUUUUAUCAUAGUGAUUCAAAUUUACAUAGUAAUGAUGGCUCUUCCACUUCUGCUUUACUUUCUGCUCAAAAUCAAGAAAACUCGAAUAAUUUCCUUUAUGAAAGUAAAACAAAUGAAUGUCGAAUACCCGUUCCUGAUUGCAAUGAUAUUGAAAAUAAGGGUCAGCAGACAUUUUCAUUCUCUGUAAGAGCAGUCAAUAAUAAUCCUCUAAAUUCAAGCAAACCAUACUAUGGUCAAUGGUCCAUACCAGGAUCUGUUAGUUGUUCUUUACCAGGACUUCCACUUGCUCUUCAUUUAGUUAUAUGGUCAAGUUUGUUCAUUGUGCUCACAACUGUAUCAACAUAUUGGGGUCAUAGAUUUUGGAACAAGUAUAAAGUAAUGCAUAAUGUUCAAGUAGUCUUACCACCUACACUUAAUACAAACUAUAAAUUUGAUCAUUAUGAUUGUGAUAAAACCAUUAUAGAUUCAUCUCAACACUAUUAUGUUGAGGAUGACCAUAUAAUAUAUGAUGAUACAUUGCCUUCAUCAGCUGUAGUAUACAAUGCAACUUCAAACAUUUCAUCAGGCUCUUGUAUUAUCAAUAGCAGUCAAAGUGAGACAAUUAGUAGUUGUAGUGGUGAACAAAAUACUCAACGAUGGAGUCCAGCAACAGCAACAACAGUAGAUGUUAUGGAUAAUGAUUCCAUAUCCAGUAACCAUCAUAAUGAAAAAAAAAAAAUGAUGCCUGAAAAAGAAUCUAAAAAAAGCAGCAAUGAUGAGAAUGAAGAACCUAAACCUUCUGUUAAUAGAUAUGAAUGUAAUGAUGGCGAACAAACCAUAGUUACUAUUUCAAACUGUCAACCUGUAACUACUACAACAGCAUAUGUCAUGUUAGACAUGGUAACAUCUGCAAUUGCUAAAACUGGUGCAACUAGAUUUUAAUAUAAAACCAUUUUUGUUGACAAAUCAAAAUUUUUAUACAAUGUAUAGUAGUACAUUUAAUUAAAUGUUUAUUGAACAUUAAAUGUUACAUCUUAAUGAUAAAUUUGUAUACCCUAAGGGUAAAUAUUUUCAUAAGUAAUCAAGGGGCCUAAUUAAACUUAAAUUUUGUGAAAAAAAAGCUCAACAUUUCAUUAUAUUUGUUCUUGACUUUUUUUUUUUUUUAACAAUAAUGAUUGUUAAUUUAUACAACUUGGUGCAAAUGAAUUGUCCAUUAAAAUAAUUGCACUAGAGACAAAUUUAAUUUGUAACACAUCCGAAUUUUUUUCAUUAAGUGUUCUACCUCGUUUUCUCUUGUUAGUAUUUUGUCACCAAUUGAUGCACUUAUAACUAUAGCUGUAACAUGCAUAAAUUCCACGUAGUGAUAUAAUUUUUAAAUUAUCUAUUUACAUUUUGUAGCAAGAUACAAAUGCAAAAAACUCGCCUAGUUUUUUGUUAUUUAAGCUAACUAACUAGUGCUCAAUAUUUAUGCUCAGUCUUCAGUGAUAGUAUAAUUGCAUCAAAUGAAUUUAAUAAAUAUGGUAUUUUAUUUUGUUUUGUUUAUGUAAUUUGAUAUUUUAUAAAAAUCGAUUACGAUGUCGGCUUAUAUGGUCCAAAAUUGUACAAGACAAAAAGUGAGAGAAAUGUUACAGUGUUGUUUAGUAAUUCAUUGAUAUAUAUGUUUUUCAUAAAAAAAUUAUAUAAAACAAAUUAGUGUGUUAAAAUACAUAAUAUACAUUUAUAUAUAAAUAUAUGAGUGUGUGUGA